AUGGGAAAUUCAUUGAACUUGUUUCAGGGUAUGAGGAGGAAAAAGAAGAACAAAGUGAAGAAGGGACAUGAUGAAGUCAAGUCCUAUGAUACAGAAAGUAAAAAGAGACAGAAAACGACUUGCAGAUUUGAAGAAAGUCUGAUACAACCAGAGGAGGAUCAUCUGGGGUCGGGCACACGUGACAGAGACAUAACACCACCGUCUGCUGAUCAUAUCGAGGAAGUGCAACAAGUAGAACCAAGUCCAUACCUGAGUGAGGAUGGUUUAAAUGAGAGCAGUGUAGAGGUGCAGCCUAGAAAUAAGAGCCUAGAGGAUUUCGAGUUCCUCAAAGUUCUUGGAAGGGGUUCAUAUGGCAAGGUUGUUCUGGCUGAACUCAGAGGCACUGAUAAGGUGUUUGCAGUAAAGAUGCUGAAGAAAGAAUCGAUUCAGAAUUAUAGAGAGGUGCUCCAAACUCUGAUGGAGAGACGUGCCCUGGUUCUGGCUGCAGAACACCCCUUCCUCACCCAGGUCUGCUGCUGCUUCCAGACUAAGGACCGCUUGUACUUUGCUAUGGAGUACAUGAAUGGAGGUGAUCUUCAAUACCACCUUUCACGGUCAUUUCGAUUUACCAAAUCACGCUCCCGUUUUUAUGCUGCUGAGAUAGUCUCUGCUCUCAUCUUCCUCCACCGUAACGGCAUCAUUCAUAGAGAUCUCAAACCCAGCAAUAUCCUGUUAGAUGCCGAUGGCCAUUGCAAGUUAGCUGACUUUGGUGUAUGCAAAGGGGGCAUCCUAGAUGGCAACACUACCAACACUCUCUGUGGUACACCUCUGUACGUAGCACCUGAGAUACUGUUAGAAUGUAAAUAUGGUGCAUCAGUGGACUGGUGGUCUCUAGGUGUCAUCAUGUAUGAGAUGAUGGUGGGCUAUCCUCCGUUUGUUGCUAGAAAUAAGUCGAGGCUGUACAAGUCCAUCCUUCAGGAUACUCCACUUUAUCCAUUUUGGCUGAGCAGAGAGUCGAAAAGAAUUCUCAGGGCAUUCCUGGUGAAGAGACCUAAGAAUCGGCUUGGCUGUGUGGUGUCCCUGGGCCAGGAGGAAGCCAUCAAAAUGCAUCCAUUCUUUAAGAAAAUUGACUGGCAGCUUUUGGAACAGAGGAAGAUUACGCCCCCUUUUAAACCAAAAAUUACAGCCAAAAAGAAUACCAAUUACUUUAAAGCACGUUUCAUUCGUCAGAAGCUCAAGCUUACCCCCACUGAUGAUUCAAAAUUUCUGUCAUGUUAUCAGAGCUUAUUCGAUGACUUUUACUACUGUAACCCCAAUGUUGAUUGUUAAGCUUAACUUUACACUGGCACAGAAAAUGUUUUUCUUACUUGAGCAUUAAGUUUUCCCUUGAUUAUGUUUCAUAAAAAUAAACAACUUAGAAAGUGUGAAAGCCACCUCCUCAGUACCAGCCCACAGCAUUUCCUCAGCCCAGAUGUAAGAAGAGCACACCUUUUGCUGGCGAGAGACAAGACACUUUCCAUGUGGACUAAAUGCAAUUACACAAGUCCUACAAAGUUACAUUACACUAGAUGUCGUAUUGUGUAUGGUCAUGUUUGUGUGAAAUGAAAUUUGAAUGUAACAUUGUUCAUGUCUUCAUUAAACUGGCUUUGUGCACUAGACUAUUGUCACUGUAACAGGUUUAGGUUUCUUGGUUCCAGUGGAGGGAAAUUGUAACCACAGCUUAAAUACAUGAAUUUGCAUUUCCUCUUUCGUGUUGAGGAAUGUAAACCACAUUUUUUUCACAUUUUAUAAAUGUUUUUAAAUUAUUUGUUAAUCUCUUGGAACAAACCUAAAAACAAAAAGGUCUAAAAACAUCUGAAAGCACUGAAAUUUGGUGUAAUUUUUUUUUUUUCUAAU